GUAAAGGCGGAACAAACCGGUGUGCGCGGCUACAUGCUGUAAACCGCUCGUCCGCACUGCAGAUUAUUAACUCUUAGCUUGCCGGGAGAUGCUUGCAGACAAGAAGGAGGGCGGUGCUCCCAGCAUCUCUUGGUCAUCUCCCAGGGGAUGUGAAGGACACAUCUCAAACUAAGACCACACUUACACACCGUGUGAACCUAAAGCAGAGGCUGCAGGGAUGCAACAGAAUGAAGAGGAAGAGUGUGCUCUUGAACAUCAUGUGUGUCUUUAACACGCAACUGCAGCAUCAUCACGUGUUGGAAUAAAGCAAAAACCAAACACCAGAAGCAGCUUCUUUCCCAUCUAUGGCGACAGAGGCUCGAGUUGCCCACGGUUUUCUGUGUGGGUGUUUAUCAGACUGUGGUAUUUAAGUUCAUCCGGAAGCGUGUGGUCGCCCCUCCAGCCUCGACUGGGUUGUAGAGUGUGUCAUUUCUUUGCCAGAUGCAGAACGUCCUUGACCAAAACUUAGACAUGGCUACUGCUCUACUAGCUGGUGAGAAACUGAAGGAGCUCAUCCUGCCGGGCUCAUCUCAAGAUGAAAAAGGCGGCGCGUUGGCCGGUCUGAUGGUGCAGCUCAAACUGGAGCUGCCCUUCGAUCGAGUUGUUACGAUAGGGACAGUGAUCAUCCCCAUCCUGCUGGUCACCCUUGUCUUCACCAGGAACUUUGCAGAGGAGUCCAUAUACUGUUACACGCCGCACAACUUCACCCGAGACCAGGCACUGUAUGCAAGAGGCUACUGCUGGACAGAGCUGCGUGAUGCUGUACCUGGUGUGGAGUCUCACCUCUGGCCUUCACUAUUUGAGCACAAGUUCUUGCCCUACGCCCUGUUGGCCUUUGCCGGUAUCAUGUAUAUCCCGGCUCUGGGCUGGGAGUUUCUUGCCUCCACUCGGCUCACGUCGGAGCUCAAUUUCCUGCUUCAAGAGAUUGAUAACUGCUAUCACAGAGCUGCUGAGGGCCGUGCCCCCAAGAUUGAGAAGCAGAUCCAAUCCAAAGGACCUGGCAUCACUGAGCGGGAGAGGAGAGAGAUCAUAGAGAAUGCAGAGAAGGAGAAGAGUCCUGAGCAAAACCUCUUUGAGAAGUAUUUAGAAAGACGAGGCCAAAGUAACUUUUUGGCUAAGAUUUACUUGGCACGCCACUUGGCUAUUAUCUGCCUCAGCUCCAUCCCCAUUUCCUACCUGAGCGCCUACUAUGCCCGACAAAGGCAGAAUGAGUUUACCUGUGCCCUGGGCGAGCUCCCUGACAUUAGCAGCUAUCCAGAGCUUAAGCUGCGAGUAAACUGUAAGCUGCCAGCUGUGCAGCUGCAACGAAUCAUGGCUGCAGUCGACAUUGCUCUACUCUGCACCAUGAACCUCAUUAUCCUGCUUAAUUUGCUGCAUUUGUUUGUGGUGCGUAAGUCGAACUUUGUGUUUGACAAACUUCAUAAAGUUGGUAUCAAGACACGGCGGCGUUGGCAAAAGUCUCAGUUCUGUGACAUCAACAUCCUGGCCAUGUUCUGCAAUGAGAACAGGGACCAUAUCAAGUCUCUCAACAGGCUGGACUUCAUCACCAAUGAGAGCGACCUCAUGUAUGAUAAUGUGGUUCGGCAGCUGCUGGCUGCGCUUGCGCAGUCCAACCAUGAUGCAACACCCACUGUGAGGGACUCUGGCAUCCAAACAAUAGAUCCAAACAUGGAUCCCUCUGAUCUUGGAGUGGGAGAGAUGGCUUCGGAGCCGCUGGUCAUCAAACGGCCCCGCAAGAAGAUUAAAUGGAUUCCAACCUCCAAUCCUCUUCCACAGUCAUUCAAAGAACCUCUUACUUUGACGCGUUUGGAGAAUAAUGCCAAGCCUGAAAAACCCAAACCACUCCGACGAAAGACAGUAGCAGACAGCUUCAUUGCACCCCUUGUGGAUAGCAAGAGCACACAACAUCCUGCAACAAAAGAUUUAAGUGGGAUGGAGAAAAAGCACACUCGGAACUUCUCCCUGGAUGUUCACCCAUACAUGCUCACCAUUCGUAAACCCAAGGUGGAGACCACAACCACAGACCCUCUACCCUCAGAGCACAACAUGGAUGCAGUAUACCUUGAAGGCACACACACUAUUGUUCAUGUUUCUGGUGCCAUUACAGAAACUAAAGUUUGCUCUCCAGAAUCGACCACCACUGCCUUUUCUACACUCACCCUUCCCACCAGCGCAUUCGUAAACGGUGGUAGCCCAAACCCACCCUCAAGCGAGGAUCCCCUUAGUCCCAAACCCUCUCCUCCUCCGCGGGAGCCUAUCACACAGACAGAGAAUCUUGACUCUCAGCCACCAACUCUCACCAGAGCCCCUACACACCAGCUGCUGAGUAUUCAUCAUACACUCUUCGAGGAAGAAGAGGACGAGGAAAACCGUAGAGACAGGCUGGCAGGGCGACCCGGGGAACUCAUUGCUGCAGGGGAAUGCUAAAGCGAGGCAGAAUUUCCUCCUUGAAAUGGUCUACUCCAACACUGUUCCUUGUCCACAAGCACCUCUACUCUCAUCAAGUCACACUAGGGAAGCUGUCAUUUCAAUUAAAAUUGACUUUUGAUGUGAUGAAAGAGAGGCACAUUUGUGUACAUGGUAUUGUUGGCCAGAUAUGUAGGCAAUGAUGUCACACUCAUAUCUCAGGAUGACUGUGUACAACUCAUCACCCACCAAUGAAACCAGCAGUGAUCAACUUCAACAGGGUGCUACAGAGCAGGGGUCAAACAGUUAUAGCGACGAAUGGCGAUAUGUGGAUGAGUGCUCUUUCUUAAAACACAUAUCUGGCGAGAGGACUGCGUUGUGUCUUUAAAAAAGAAAAAAAAAAGGUUAAAUGAUAACGCUUUGUCCCUUUAUUACAAGUAGACAGGUAGUUCACGCAAUACAGUUGUUGAGAUCCGCACAAGUAAUAUGCAAAAGAUCACAAUAUAUUUGUGGCAAUAAUGUAUGCGCUUACUACAUCAUACUGUAUGUCACAGUAGGCUAAAUACAUGCAUAGGCACUGUAUAUGACGAUGUGUUUUGUGACGUAUUCCAGCUAUAAAACUGUAUCAUGGCUUUGUUCUUGCCAUUUCUUCACAAAUAGAGAUUGAUACAACUUUAUUUGCACGCCAUUAAUGAUAUGCGGUCACUUUGUAUCGAGGAAGAAAAAAAAUGCAAACUGUAUUGCAAAAAAAUGUACAGUGAAAGUUGGAGGGCAUUCGUGAGUUUUCAGUGGUGAUGAUGCAACAUCAACGAUUUCAUUAGAAGAUGUGUUUUGUAAGUGUAUUUGACUAAAAUGGGGUUACUAGGAUGGUGAAUGCACUGUAAUCGGGUCGCCCGUAGAAUUAUUUGCUUGUAUUCUGAUACUAGUGACACAGUAUGAAGUGAAGGAAAUGGAUAUAGUGGUAUGCAGCAUAUGUCUUUGUUACCUAAUCUAAACUUGUCACUGUAAUUCAGUCUUUUUCCACAUACAGCAUCCACUGGAUUACCAAAGUCAUGGAAGAAUGAAUAAUGACAGUUUGACUUGUUAUUUGUAUAUUCAGGUACCAGUAGGGCUACAUUAGCACUUUACACUAAAUAUAGUGAGUAAACAAGAGGAUGGGGAGUUAGUUAUGAAGCAACAAUCUACUGUAUAAGACACAAAUCUUGGCUGGUAAAUUAAUGACAUUUUGUUAAUGAAGGCUGUAGUUUCCACCUCAUGUUUGAAUUAAAAUGUUAUUGAUAAUAUAUUGUCAUUAUCUUGUAUAAUAUAUCAGAAAGCACUUUAAUAAAACUUGUUGCACGAGUACCAAGACACCAAGUUUUAAAAAAGACAGUUUUUGUGCAGGGGUGAUCACAUUUCGAGACUGUAACGUGUAAAAUGUUAGA